UAUUCUUGCGCACAGAUUCAUCGGCGCGUCGAAGGAAACUGCAUACUGAGUGGAUUUUGUUUGUAAUAUUUGCAGACCUGCAGAAAUGGCUUUUUGCGUGCUGACGCAGGCGGCAGCUGUGUGGCGUCAGUGCUCAGUCUUGCUGAAACUGAUGUCCGAUCAAUGAAGUGAACCUGGAAACUUGAACUCUGAGGUGUUUGUCGCUUGAUUCUUGAACCACUUUGGACGAAAGUGAAGUAGAAGUUUAAUAAAAAAGAGAGAACGUUUUGCAACUUAGAGGCUUUGUGUUUGUGUGGAAUUUAGUUUUAUAUUAAGUCUUAAUAGAUAAUUGUUAACCAGCUUUAAUAAUAAAUGUGACAGCUGCACCAAGUGACCCUGAGCUGAACACUUUCACCUUGGAAUACAAAGUAGAACGCUUAACUAACUGGAAGUGGUAUUGUGGGUUUGUGUGUAUGUGUGUGUGUGUGUGAGUGAUUAGCAGUUACUGGAGCAACAGUAGCAGAAAGUCUCAACUUUUCUUGAGGUAAACUCGUCCGGUCCAAGAGGUCCCACACCAUGGCACUGAUGGACUUCGUGACCUUUGCUGCCGUCCAUCCAGCUGUCUGUCAGUCGUCCGUCUAGGAUGCUACUUUAGAAACCAGAAGGUCACAAAUAAAGUCGCACUUUUUUUCCAAAGCAAAAGGAGGAAAAUAUCUGACAUCAUGGGGAACUCUGAGAGCAUGUGGUGGAUUUUAGUAGAGAGUGCAUGCAGGAUCCUUGGGGUUUCCACAGCCAUAGUGCUGUGUGCUGUGGGAGUGGAGACAGUACAGCAGGGGGAAUUCAACAGCCUUGGCAUCUACCUUAUAACRUCUUCUGCUGCCAUCAUGAUGUUUGAGUUAGCCUACUUCCUGGAUGCUCUUCUAUCCACGUGUCUUCCCUGUCCUCCAAACUGGCAGGUGUUUGUCUUGUGGGGGAAGAUGGCUCGCGUUGGAGGUUUCCAUAAAUUCCUCUAUUACUCCAUUAUGUCAGUGGUUUGCUUCCUGCAUCCUGUGUUAGUGUGGCAUGCAGUUAUUCCAGGGUUAAUGCUUCUCAUAACUGCCAUUUUCAACUUUAUACUGAGCAAGAAAAAAAAGGUCAAGUCCAAAAGUUCACUAGAGAACAACAGCAACCAAGUCCCGACAACAGUGUGCGUGACAGACAGAUCCAACWCACAAAGCACAUUUUCAGCCUGUGAUCCAGGAACAGGAAGGAGGAGAGAGGGGUUGGCCGUCUCAGACACAGACCACGGCCUCGGUCCUGAAGAAGGAGAGGGUAUCCAGGCCAUGCUGGGGCGGGAAGUGUCACCUGAAGACACAGACAGGAGGAGGAGGUGGACUGAGAGGAAACUGUUGCUGUUCAGACGAGGGGCGGAGCCUGUGGAGAGGGAGAUGGAGGAGAUUGAUGGUGAACCUGAGCCAGAGACCACCUCAGACACAGCCCCGAUGAUCACUGACUGAACUGCUCUGCGCUCCACAGUCCGCUCAUACAGACUCAGCUUCAUCUCACUGGAAAUAUUUUAUCCAGCUGGAGUUAAAAAUACAAAUAUAAGAAACUUUUUAAAGUUUUGGGUUUUAUCCCCUGUUUUAUCAGAGUGUGAUGAGGUCUGAAAACAAAAAUCUGCAAAAUGAUUCCCUCUAAUGUUGCUGGUGGUUAUCAAAGGCUGGACAUGCCC